AUUUAAAUUUACAUUGCAAACAAAAGUGUCACAAGAUGUUAACAAAAUCAAUCGUGAUUUAACUUUCCUCCCAAAAUUAAAAAUCGAAUAUAAAUAUCAGUAGAGUGUAUGAGUAUCGUCCGUUCAAUUUUGUGCGGCGAAUAUUAUCCGUUUCCGCCGCCUUCUCCAAUUCCACAAUUUCGAUCGGCAAAGGAAUCUUUCGGACACAGAGUUGUCGGAAAAGUACCGUUUCGAAACUCCGGCCGCCGUCCUCCGUCGUAGAAUGGCGGCGCCGUUUCACACCUUGAGGUACUACCUGGCGGACCACCCUUCCGUCGUCGGAUUCCGGUGGAGCCACGCCGGCACGUGGGGAUCCACGUGGUCCUUCCUAUUCACCUCCCUCGCCGCCUACAUUUUCUCCGCCGUCGCCCUCCACCACCUCCUCCGCCUCGUCUCCCCCACGCGCCGCCGCACCGGAAUCCCACUCUGCCCGAUCCCCGCCGCCUACUCCCUCUGCAUGGCGGCGCUCUCCUUCACGAUCUUCCUCGGCACCGUCCUCUCGGCCGCGGCGGAGAUCCGCGAGACGCGGUGGCUGUGGCGGCGGUGGCGCACCACCGCGUUCGAGUGGCUCCUCUGCUUCCCGGUCGGCACACGCCCCUCGGGGCGCGUGUUCUUCUGGUCGUACGUGUACUACCUGUCGCGUUUCAUCCACGCGCUCCGGCCGUUCAUCGGAAUCCUCCGCCGGCGGCGGCUGUCGUCCGGCAGCCUUCUCAGCCACUCCGCCGUCAUCUUCACGGCGUUCCUCUGGCUCGAAUUCUCUCAGUCGUUCCAGGUGGUCGACAUCCUGACGGCGACGCUGGUCUGCGCCGUCGCGUACGGAUACCGGUUCUGGACCGCGGCGGGGCUGCCGGGGGCGAGUUUUCCGGUCGUCGUGAACUGCCAGAUCAUACUGCUGAGCUGUAACGUGGUGUGCCACGUCGGAGUUCUGCCGCUGCACUUUAUCAAGGGCGGCGGCUGCAAUGGAAUCGGCGCGUGGAUUUUCAAUUCCUUUCUCAAUGUGGCAAUUCUCUAUCUGUUCGUGAAUUUCUACGUCAAAAUUUACCUCCGGAAAAGGAACGACGCCGGCGUCGGCGCCGGAAAGUGUACGGAAAAGGUUAAGGAUACUUGAGGUCCCUUGUCUGUACUACAGACAAGUACUCGUGUUGUUCUUUAAUUUUGGUUGUUUGUGAGUUUCGAGGGAACCAAUCAUAUACAUAUAUCAUAUAUAUAUAUAUAUGUAUGUGUAUGAUGUAUCAUGCUUCUGCAUGUUUACUUAGCUGUAAAUUUCAAUAAUUUAUGGUAUAAUUAUAAUUGUGGUUGUUAUGAUUAA